UCUCAACGCAUGGCGUGCACUCAUGCGUAUCAUCAUGGCCAUUAUGAGACAGACCAGACACGAUAACACUUCCCUGAACUGAUCAUUCUUCGAGAAGUGUGCCAGAUAAAGCGAUCGUCUCGAAGUGAUAAGAUCACAUUCCUAUUUGUAGUAAAUAGUGACUUUUCAAUAAAUCUAUAAAAAAAUACUUCAUCUUAAUUAUUUUUUUUUUGCGAAUCCGAGAUGAGGAAAAGGAAUUUGAUGUUCACGAUGUCAUCAAGCUAUAUUUCAAGUAAUUCAAGGUGUGUAAUUCUUAUGUAUUUCCUCGUUGACUUGACCUGCCCAGUACUUAGCCAGGAAUGCCAUCAUCUUCCUGUUAAGCUGACAUCAAAUGACCGAAUACAUGUCGAAAGGCCGAACACGCAGUCUCGAAUACUCAGUCCAGAUAAAAGAAUGAAAAUUCAUGUCGAGUAUCAUCAGUCGCUUCUGGAACACCCAAAGGCACAAGAUGUUCAGAAUACUGUUGCUGAAGUUGUUGACCGGAUGUCACGAACACUUUCGGUGAAACAGGAACCUGGAUAUUUUCAAUUUAAAACGUAUUGCGAUAGUCCUCGGCAUCAAAUUAACAUCAACGGACAACAAUAUUGCACUGUCGGGUCGUGUUCCUAUUCUUACUGUGGUGGGAUAAUGGCGCCGGCAACUUUAUCAGAGCCAUGCCUUGACUGUGACGAUCGUGGUGAGAACUGCAAAAGGAGUGGAGGCCCGUCACCGGACAGAGGAGCAGUUCAUUAUGAUUUAUUGGUUUCGUCUGUUAAUACAUCGUGUAGAGAGAAUUUCAUCGGUUAUUCAUACGCAUGCCGUAUUGAUGACACAACAGACAGGCCUGUUGCAGGUGUCAUCAAUUUCUGUCCGAUCGGGUUAGCGCUGGAUAGGACCCAAAUGAUGGAUACGAUUCAACAUGAGAUGUUUCACGUCCUGGGAUUUUCUUCAUCAAUGUAUGGCCUCUAUCGAGAUGCCAGAGGAAAACCUUUGACACCAAGAGAAUCAAAUGGGCUACCGGCACUUAAUCAAAAAACUAUUGAAUUCGAAUGGAGUGAUCAAGUGAUUCGCAAUUUCACAUUGGAUUGGGACUAUGCUGGCGGGACAAUGCAACGGUCUGUCCAGGCAUUCGUCUUGCCCAACGUUCUGCGGGAAGCCAGAGCCCACUUCGGGUGUCCUAGUCUGAUGGGCGUGGAGUUGGAAGAUGGGGGAGGAUUCGGCACAGCUAUGUCACACUUUGAGAAAAGAAUUCUAGCGACUGAAUCAAUGAAUGGAAUGUUAACUGCAGUUCGCGUGUUUUCUCGUAUCACCCUUGCUGUGAUGGAAGAUACAGGAUGGUACAUACCUGACUACAGCAUGGCUGAUAAACUCAACUGGGGCAAAGAUCUCGGAUGCGAUUUCCUUCUGAAGAGCUGCAAGAACUGGAUCGAUACGAGAAUCGAUAGUGGUCUUUCUCCUGCCCCAUGGUGCAGCCGUCGUAAUGAUAGUAGUUGCCACGCCGAAGGGACGGAUGCUGCCGUUUGCAAGAUACGCACUUAUAACUCGCCUAUCCCAUCAAUCUAUCAGAUGUUUACCGAAGUCGAUGGAUUCGAACCAGCCGAUCUUACAAGAAUUGGGGGCAACCGUUUAUCCGAUUACUGCCCAUAUUAUGAGGUCGACAUGGAUUCUCCGCAUAACCUAUCAGCAACCGACUUUCACUGCACAAAUACGGAAAUUAUCGAUGAUUGCAGACAUAGUAAAUGUACAAACGGUGGAGUAUGUCGUGACAUCAUGAAUGGUUAUUACUGCGAUUGCCCAAAUGGAUAUUCAGGGGUUUUCUGUGACUAUGUGAAUGGAGACUGUGCCACGAAUUCAGACUGUCAAAUGAACGAGGUUUGUUCCUCCAACCAUGGUUGCGAGUGCGUCCGAAACAGAAUACGCGACGAUAAUGGACAUUGCAUCGGUGUAACAGAUGUACAAGAAUACACAAUAACUGUGAGGAUAACGGAAGUAAACGGAGUCCCAGCUGUGUACCAGCCAUCGCUGACGGGCAAAUCUGGAGAAGGAUUUAGAAAUGACAUAGAAUAUGAGAUUCGCCAGAUGACAUGGAACGAUUCAGCCAUUCGCAGUGCCUUAUUGAACGUCGUAACCAGGAGGGUUUACAGAGGGAGCAUCAUGGUGGACCUGUCGGUCAUCCUACAGAAGAACGCCUCUACACCCAUCUCACUGGCCAAUCUUGCAGGUGUUGCUUCCAUGCAGAAUAGCAUCUUGCGGAAGAGUGGCACUGCAUACACGGUGGUGCCAAGUGAAACAGUCGUCCGAGAUACCAACGAAUGUGAAGAUGGAGCGGGAAACGACUGUUCUCACUACGCCGAGUGUAUCAAUACAGAAGGAAGCUACGAAUGCUCUUGUCUUCCGGGGUUUACUGAAGGAACAGGGGUACUUUUAGGACGAGAAUGCAUAGACAUAGAUGAGUGUCAGUCUAGUUUGGACAAUUACUGUUCGCUUGACGCCCAGUGUAUAAAUAUGAUGGGGUCAUACAACUGUAGCUGUCGUGAGGGCUAUGAAGACGAUUCACCUAGCGAUGACGGGCCCGGUCGAGUGUGCCACAAACAGGCCAUCCCAAGUCCGUCGUCGCCCCCUGGACUUUCACCAGUGAUCAUCAUCUCUGUGUCUGUUGGUCUUGGAAUUUUCUUUUUGAUCGCCAUCCUCCUCGCAUACAUAUCGUGUUUAGUUCGGCGAAAACGGGCAGGACCGCUAUACAACGAUCCCCCAAAUCCCCGAUCUUUAAAUCGACUUCCUCGUAAAGACACGAACACUGAUGCUAAGAACGUCAAAGCACUCCAUGGUGACGUCAGUAGAAACCCAAUUCACGAUACGCCCCUCCCAUUUCACCAUCAUAAGGCUCCCCACGUACGUCGUACACCAGACAGGCACCUCCCACAUAAUAAUUUUGAGUUGCCCCACUCACAUCGCAAACAGGACAGGUCCCACUCACAUAAAGAUCAUGUUUGGUCCCACCCACAUCAUAAUCUUGAGACGAACCACCAACUUCUAUUUUCUGCUAGGUCCAUAGGAAGCAGUUUAAACUCGAGUUACAGUAAGGCUUAUACAGAAUCCACGCAUCUUUCAACGGAACCUGGCUUAUGUGAGCUUGCAAAGGAUUUACAUUCGACGGAAGCUUGUACACCACACAAAGUAAGAUAUGCACCCAGAAAUCGUCCAAUAUCUCUCGAUAACCACAUUUGAUGACAACUUGACUCUGGCGACACACCGCUUGUCUCCAGAGUUUGUUUUGUAUUGGAGUGUUGGUGUUAGAGGACGGAGAGAUCCUGCAUCAAGGGGAAGGGGUCGGAAGAGUUUAUUUCUAAACUUUGCAAUAAUUUGCAAAAACGGAAACUGUUAUAUCAAGGCAUUUCUAAAAACAUCAUGAAUAUUUUGUAGCAAACGUAGAAAAUAAAUAAUGAUAUAAAUUAGAACGAAAUCUUAUUUUGAACAUUGCCAUCGACUCGGACCAAUUUUUUCAUUUUUUUUUCAGACCAAAAAAUAAACGCCUUUUAAAAUUCAACAAAGAAUGCUGCACUGCUGCUGGUCAGAAUUUUAAUACGUAUUCAAAUUUAAUUUCUGUAUGGUAUAAAUUUUUAGUAGAACAUUAGAUGUUUCACUAAACCAAAUAAUCAGCCACUAGGCUACAUUACAAAGAGUUCAGUGCGAUUUUUGCAACCACUAGGCUACAUUACAAAGAGUUCAUUGCGAAUUUUGCAACCUCUUUCCUAGUUGGGAAUCAAUCGCAUUUAAAGGACAAGUCAACCCCAACAAAAUGUUGCUUUGAAUAAAAGGUUAAAUAUCCACCAAGCAUAACACUGAAAAUUUCAUCGAAAUCGGAUAUGAAAUAAUAAUUAUAAAUGUUAACUAUUGAUCAAGCGAAAUGAUAAUUUCGCUUAAUUUCACAAAACAGUUAUAUGCACAUUCUGGUCAGUAUGCAAAUGAGCAGACCAAUGACGUUAUCCACCAUUUCUUUUGUAUUUUAUCAUAUGAAAUAUUAAAAGUUCGAAUUUUCUCCUCAUUGUCAUCUGACACAAAAUUGUAUUCCUUCCUGAACAUGUGGAAUUACCAUUAUUUUAACAGUUUAUGGUUAAGUCAGGUUGGUCCUUGUUGUCAAAUGUAUAAAAAUUGAAAUAUUGUAUAAUUCAAACAAUAAAAAAUAAAAGAAAUAGUGAGGGACAUGAUCGACCAUCUAAUUUGCAUAUCACUGUAUUGUGCAUAUAACUGUUUUGUGAAAAAUAAAUUAAACUUUAAAACGUCAGAACUUUGUGAUUUUACAUCCGAUUUCGAUGAACUAUGAAUGAAUAAAUAACUAUUUUUACAGUUAAAGAACCGUAUUGGCACAAGAAGAGUACGGAUUAUGUUUAGUGAACCACAUUCGUCAUGUUGUGCUAGAGUGAAAAAUAAAGGCUAAAACACAAUGCGAUUGAUUUCUAUUAAGGUCAUAGAAAUCAUGGAUAAUCACUUGGCCCCAUGCAAUAUUGCUAAUGUUUAGCACUUGCGUGCAGUAGAAAAAUGAGCAUGCCAAGGAUUUGACAUUUAACCUGUCCAAUUUGGAACUAAUCAGGUAUGAGUACAUAUGAAUACAGAAACGUUCGAUAUAUUGUUUAGCGGAUAGCGUAAAUAAUGUAGAGAAAUUUCCGAUGUGAUGAUAUAUCAAUUGAUGAGUUGACAUUGCAAUCAUCUAAAUUUACAAAUUGUUUGACUAUGAAUAGAGAUGAUACAGAUAACGACUGAUAGAUAGAUAAAUAGAUAGAUAGACAGAUAGACAUGUAUUCAAUACAUACCAAUAUAUUCUAUAUAUUAAUAAUGAUAAUAUAUCCAAUUAAAUAGCGCAGUAAUUACAUGGAUAAUUAUAUCCCUAUUGUGCUUGAUUCUUGAUAUCAUGGGAACAAAUUUUAAUUGUAUGAAAAAUGACAACAACAAUUUGACAACUAUCCUUACUAUUGAUUCGCCUAGAAGCACAAUUACUGGAGUAAAUGUCGGAUGAAACGUUGGUAUGAACCCAUUAUGAAACGCACCUCUUUAUAUUUUCCAUUUUAUUUGCUUCUUAAGUAUAUGGUUCAUGUGACAACAGCUCUAUUCUCCCUGAUGGAAAGACAAAGACAAUCCGUAGAGUAGAAUAAUCAAGACUAAAAUAUAAAAUAUGUACACUUUUGAUUUUCGAUGCAAUACAGUGUAUGCGGUAAAUUAAUAGUAUGUUAAAUAAAAACAUGCAUUCCAAAUCUCCA